UUCAAUUGAUUCCGUAGAGAAAAAGGGCCAAGAGUUUGGGGGUUAAUUAGGGUUUUGCACAGAGCCAGCGGACGAGAGAGAGAGAGAGAGAGAGAGGCAGGAUGAGCAGGAGCUUGGGGAUACCGGUGAAGCUACUACACGAGGCCUCCGGGCACGUGGUGACGGUGGAGCUCAAGAGCGGAGAGCUCUACAGAGGUAGCAUGAUCGAGUGCGAGGACAACUGGAACUGCCAGCUCGAGAACAUUACCUACACUGCUAAGGAUGGGAAGGUCUCACAACUUGAGCAUGUCUUUAUUCGAGGCAGCAAAGUCAGGUUUAUGGUCAUACCGGACAUGCUGAAGAAUGCUCCAAUGUUCAAGCGUCUAGAUGCCAGGAUCAAGGGUAAGGGUGCGGCACUUGGAGUUGGCAGGGGUAGAGCAGUUGCUAUGCGGGCUAAGGCUCAGGCUGCUGGACGUGGAGCAGCACCUGGUAGGGGCGUUGUACCACCGGUUCGGAGGUAAUCAACCCCUGAAUGGUUUCUAACCUCUCCAUUCUAGAGCAUCGAUUGACUCACAGUUAGUUGCCUUUGGAAGCUUUUGGAUCCUGCUCUCGAUAUCCCCAAAAUUUAUGUAAAAGAAUGCCCCUUUUUGGUUAGGUAGAAAAAAACAUGGGAGACUAUUUCUGAACCUUAGACUUCUCUUACGUAUGCAUCUAUGUUAUGCCAAAUUUGUUAUA